AGUAAGCAAGUAGCAUUAUUUUAAGCCUGAUUUGUUUUGAACGCCUUUCCUUAGUCGUGAAAGCAACUUUCUGAUAUUCAAUUGUACAUUAAGGAAGUUUCCUUAAAAUCUAAAAAAAUUAAAAAACGCCUAAAAUGGUCAAAACUAGACGAUCGAGGAGAUCAAGGAGGAAUGCUAUUGUUGGUUUAGCCAACAUCGAAGAAUAUCAUGAACUUCAAGCCCUAAUACUGAGAAUUAUACGAGUUUUGGAUGAAAUGCCUGAAGCAGGUUGAUGGGAAUCCUUGCUAAGAAACUCUUCGUACGGGAGUUUUGUUAACUAUCUGAAUCGGGUGAAUAAAAUAUUGUUGGUCAAACACCUUGCGUAUUUGUGCAGCUUUUUCGCAUUAUAGAGUACACUUGAAACGACUUUCGAUGUCGCCAUUAGCAGAGUUUUCUCUGUUUGGAAAAUUUUGUGUGCGAGCGGAGUGAAAGAGAUGGAGCAGCUCUGCCGCCUGGCUGGAAGGUUAUAUAAUAACAGGCCAGUCGAUGGAGAGAAGCGACCCGAGUGGGUUGCCACUGCAUCUGCGACUGCGACUGCAAAAUAGUUAGUGCAAUCAACCUGAAAUUGGAAUGCCAUGCAAUUGGAAUUCGUUACCAAAUAUUGAUGACAGUAAUAGCCGCAGCCGAGGGUCCCAAGUUUCUGAGCACAAGAAAUCACUUUACAUAAUCGCCGGGAGAAGAGCCAGUCCCGAACCCAGUUGCACUGCUAAUAAAAUACCCCAAAACUACCAUGUUACGCUGG